GAUUCAGUAACCGAUGGUUCCUUUCAUACAUUAUAAUUCGACUCAGUUGACCGCCUAUAAAACUCUCUUAUCCUCAAACCAACCAGUCCUUCCCCAACUUUCCUUAAGUUCCUUUAUCUUCUUUCUAGAUUCCUCCUCCCCCCAAGAUACAAAGAACAUAAUGAAGUUCGCGUCUGUCCUUGCUCUCGCCGUGACUGCUGCUGUCGUAAGCGCGGAGACUAAUGCCGACAGAAUGGCGCGCGGUCUACCCCCAUUGGCGCCCGCUCGUCGAGGUACACCCGUUGCACGUGCCAAGCGCACCGCUCCCUCAGGUGGGAGCGGCCAGUGCAACACUGGCACUAUCCAGUGUUGCGACUCUGUUACGAAUUCUGGCCAUGGCAGUUCCCUCGAUGAGUUGUUGUCGCUCUUGAAAAUUGACACCCCUGUCGAUACCCCUUGUGGUGUCAGCUGCUCCCCCAUCAGCGCUAUCGGGGGUAGUAGCGGCGCUAACUGCAACCAAGAACCCGUUUGCUGCGAGAACAACUCUUACAAUGGCCUCGUGAACAUCGGUUGCUCGCCCAGUGCGUUUGUUCCCUAUCACUCUUGUAUCCAUACGCUCAUACCCGCGACAAUCAGUCAACAUCUGGUGAAAAAAUCACCUCAUUCAGUAUUUGGUUCAAUGCCUGUACACGUUCCGCUCUUUUUUUCCCGUUUGAUACACAUAAAAGUCGCCUAUUCUACCUUGUCCGCGGCUUUGGACUUUUCACCUUCACCAGGCAUAGCCUUCGUUAUUGUUUUGUUGCGUUUUUGUUCCCUCAUGCAGUGAUCGUUUAUGGCUAUACUUUUCCUGUAAUGAGCUGGUACAUUGGCUAGUUUCAAACGUCAACUGGUGUGGUAAAGGACACUACAAAUAUUAUUUCUUCCGCUAUUUUGCUGAUUGACGGCGAUCGUGAUCCACGAUCAUGACAGGUGCCAGUUGAAAUGUCGGGAGAAAUUGCCAGUCGAUCAUACUAAAUUGCGAAGCGUUGUAACAGUAUCACGGUGUGCCCAGAUCCUGGGUGUCGCGGAUCCAAACAGUACUUGAUGGCACGACACUCACUAGCAUUCUUUCAUGCUCGAACUUGUGUACAUGCGGGUUAGCGCGAGAAUCACCGAGUCAUACCCAGGGCGGUACACCAUAUUUUAACCCGUCAAGUUAGCUGCUCAUUUUAUAUUUAUUAUUUAGAUACGACGAUGAUUGACAACGAAAAGAGGACUGAAAGACUCACUUGAUGGUUGAGUGGGACGUAAU